CCCGGAAGUCCAGACAUUUUUGACGAGUUGCCUGUACCAGUAAAACUCCCCUUUAACACACUGUUUAAGACCAUGCCAUCGGGAGAUUACAACAAUUCUGAAACGUCUUAGCACAACGAGUAUGGUGACGUAUCAGACAAUUUUGGAAUGGGCAGUUCUCCUGACUGUCUACCUGCUCUGCACUGCUUUAAUUGCAUUUGUUGGAUAUUGUCUUUAUGUGAGACAUAUUCACAAGAAAUAUGACCACAUUCCCGGACCUCCAAGGGACAACCAUAUACCGACUUUUCUGAGAGAAACGAAUUCGGAGCGUGUCGUACACGACAAAUUCCUCGAACGGGCUGAAACGUACGGCCCGGUCUACAGAAUUAACAGCUUUCAUGGUGUGGCACUAGUGGUCAGCUGCCCGGAGGCUACAAAGGAGUUUUUAAUGUCCCCCAAGUAUUCCAAAGAUCUUUUUGUCUACAAACGUCUGUUCAGCUUGUUUGGAAGAAGUUACCUACAAGGUUUAAUGGGCACCUUCAACGAGAGGGCUGAGUGUCUUAUGGAGAGGCUGGAGGAGAUAGCAGAAAAGCGGAUGACUGCCAACAUACGCCACUUGGUCAAUGUGUGUUGUGUCACACUGGAUGUUAUUUGCAAGGUGGCUUUUGGGGUUGAUGUGGACUUGCUGAAGAAUUACAACUCCCCCUUCCCAAGUGCCAUAGAACUUUGUUUGCAGGGCAUGGUUCACUAUGUUAGAGAUCCAUUCUUCACACUCUUCCCUAGGAACAAAAAGAAAGUGCAGGAGAUUAAAGAUGCUGUUGAACUUCUACGUACAACUGGAUCCCAGUGGAUACAUCAGAGGAAAAGUGCUGUGGAAAAUGGCGAUGAUGUCCCCAAGGACGUUCUUACCCAGAUGCUCAAAACGGCUGGACAGGAAACAACAGCCAAUCAGCUUUCAUUUGCCAUCAUGGAGCUAGGGAAGCACCCAAAAAUAUUAAAAAGGGCUAAAGAGGAGGUGGAUGAGGUUCUUGGAACAAAACAAGAAAUUCUGUUUGAUGAUCUUGGAAAACUGACUAACUUUUCCCAGGUCUUAAAGGAAACACUCCGCCUGUACCCCACUGCACCAGGCACAUCUCGCUGGCUCCAUGAUGGCACUGUUAUCAGUGUAUGUGCAGUCCCAGCAGGAUGUGAACUUAUUAUGGAGGCUAAAGUUGUGCUUGCAAAAAUUCUUCAAAGGUUUGAGUUCAGUCUUGUGCCUGGACAGUCUUUCAAUAUAAAGGAUACAGGAACUCUUCGCCCUCAGAGUGGAGUGCUAUGCAAGAUCAAACAUUGUUCUCAGGGCAAGAAUUAAGUAUUUGGCUUACUGAAGAUAAACAAUAUGCUAUACUUACCCUUUGAAACACUAUGCAAUAAUAUGUGCCUAUUUACUAUUAACCUAGGGAAUGUCUUCUGAAUGUGUGCUUCAGAAGCAAUAUUAAUGAGAUCUAUAAUAUUCAUAGGAGCUAUAAGUAUAACCAUAAGAUGGCAGUGUUACCAUUUUUUUACUGCCAUCUGUAUCACUGACUACUGAUCUAGUGUUGUAUUACAUUAAUAAGUGCCUUUUUGCCCAAGUGUCUUUAGGAUUUUGCUUCUGUAUGGCU